AUGACAGAGAACGGAGGACUACCUCAGGUCAAUGGAGGCGGCCCCCAGUACUGGGAGAUGUCCAACGGCCAGAACCAGACUAACAAUGUCAUUCAGAAGAGGCUUGCCCGCGCUCGCGAAGUCAUCAAGCAAGACCCCCAGCUGCAGGCGGCCAAGUUUGACAGGAAAUCACUUCAACGGAUCACGGAUGCGGGGAACACCAGCAUUGAGAUUAUUGCGGCCAUGUUCAAGGAGUAUGCGUCGCGCGAUCUAUUCGGCGCCUGCACACCGGGAGAGUCCACCUUCCACACUGUGACUUAUGGAGCAGUCUGGGAGCGCAUUCAGGCGCUGGUGGCGGGCUGGACAGCGCUGGGAUUCGUGGCUCCGGGGGACUUUGUGGGGAUCUCUGGGUUUGCCAGCGUGGACUGGGUGGUGUCUGAUCUGGCGACGCUGCAUGCUGGGGGGGUCAUGGUCCCCCUGCCCACAAACAUCCUGGCAGAGGACGUGCGCGCAAUCAUUGACGAGGCUGAAGUGCGUUGCCUCAUGGUCAGCGCUGAGGAGCUUGCGGCCAUUGCACCGGUCAUCGGCGGCUGCGCGAGCGUGAAGGCCGUCAUUGUCAUGGACAGUUCCACGGACGCCGUGACAUCCUCGGGAGCCUACGCGGAGAUGCAGGCCAACCUGCCGGCAGGCGCAAAGCUGACCACCAUCGACGAAGUUUUGGCGGCAGGCCGCGCAACCGGCAAGCAGCCCGCACUGGUGAUCCCCGGCAGGGAUGGGCGGCCCGCGGACCCCUUAGUAAACCUCAUGUACACCUCGGGCAGCUCUGGGCGUCCCAAGGGGGCCGAGUACCCCGAGCACCUCAUCUUUGACUUCCUCAAGAACUCGAUGCCCACAGAUGCGCCGGAGCUGCCGACCAUCAUAAUGGGCUUCCUUCCUUUAAACCAUUUGAUGGGAAGAUUUACUCUGCUCAAGUGCCUGCUCACCGGAGGCCAGAACUGGUUUGUGCGCUCGACCGACAUGUCGACCUUCUUCGAUGACCUGGCGACGAUCCGUCCCACGGAGGCGAUGUUCCCUCCGCGGAUUAUGAACAUGCUGCACGACAGAUUCGUGGAGCAGCUCGACCGCCUGCCGCCAGCCCCCAGCGAGGCCGAGCGCGCGCAGCAACGCCAGGACCUGAUCAAGCGCUUCAGGGAAGUGGACUUGGGUGGCCGCCUCUUCACCGGCUCCUUUGGCAGCGCGCCAGCGUCCCCAGAUGUGAUCCAAUGGCUGGAGGAGGUCCUCGGCUUCCCCCCAGUGAAUGGCUACGGCUCCACAGAGGGCGGCAUGAUCAUGCUCGACAACAAGAUCCAGCAUAGUUAUGUGCCGGCGUACAAGCUGGUAGAUGUGCCAGAGCUGGGCUACACCACAAAGGACAAGCCCUUCCCCCGCGGAGAACUGCGCAUCAAGACCCGGCGCAUGAUCCCGGGCUACUACAAACAUCCUGAGGCAACAGCGGAUCUGUUUGACGAGGAGGGCUUCCUGAAGACUGGGGAUGUGGUGGAGCAGCGCGAUGCAGACACCUUCAUCUGGCUGGACCGCGUCAAGAACAUCAUCAAGCUCUCACAGGGUGAGUACGUGAGCGUGUCGCGGCUGGAGGAGAUCUAUGUGGGCAACUCCAAGCUCAUCCACCAGAUGUACAUCUACGGGAACUCCCUCCGUGCCUACCUGGUCGCCGUCGUCGUGCCCCACAUCGAGAACGGAGCGUGUGCGGAUGCGGGCAAGCUGAGGGCGGCGCUGCGGACAGAGCUGGAUGACGUGGCGCGACGCAAGGCACUACAGGGGUAUGAGAUCCCGCGCGAGUUCAUAGUGGAGAUGCGCCCCUUCUCCAAGGACAAUCACCUGCUCACUGACUCCGCCAAGCCCGCCCGCGGCCAGCUCAAGAAGAGGUACCAGGCGGAGCUGGAGGGCCUUUACACGGCCCUGGAGGAGCGUCUGCGCGAGAGACUGCGCGCCAUGAAGGAGGGCAAGGAUGCAUCUGUGCAGGACCGUAUCAAGCAGGCGCUGGAGGUUACUCUGGGACUGGCGGAGGAGGACAUGGCGGACGUGGCUUCGCGCAGCUUCGCGCAGCUGGGCGGUGACUCGCUGGCGGCGAUCCAGUUUGCGCGCUACGUGGGCGAGCUUUGCGGCGUCAACCUGCCGGUGUCCUUUGUGCUGGACCACUCCCACUCCCUCCAGGCCAUCGCCGACCGCGUCCACGAACUCGUCAGCGGCGACGCGAGCGCAGGGAUCACGUUCGAGUCGAUCCACGGCAGCGAUGGCGUGAACAUCAAGGCAGCCGACCUGAAGCUGGACCGGUUCCUAUCAGAAGCUGACACGGCCGCGGCCGCCGCGGCCGCCCCGGCCUCCGAGCUGCCGGCGCGGCCGACACACGUGCUGCUGACCGGCGCCAACGGCUUCCUCGGCCGCUUCCUGCUGCUGGACCUGCUGCAGCGCGGUUCUGACAAGAAUGGAGGCCGUGUGGUGGCUAUAGUGCGCGGCAGCAGCGAUGAGAAGGCGGCUGAGCGGCUGCGCGCCGGUUUUGACAGCGGUGACGCGACCCUGCUGCAGCGCUAUGACACCCUCAGCAAGCAUCUGACCGUCUAUGCAGGCGACCUGGCGAAGCCGCAGCUGGGCCUGAGCCAGGGGGUGUAUGAGUCGCUGUGCGCUGAGCUGGACACCAUCGUGCACAACGGCGCGCUGGUCAACCACGCUUACUCCUAUGAGCAGCUCUUUGAGCCCAAUGUGCUCGGCAGCGUGGAGGUGAUGCGGAUGGCUCUGGCAAAGCGCAGAAAGGCGCUGACAUUCAUCUCCAGUGUGGGAGUGGUGGGAGGCCUGGACCACCCACAGCCGGUGACUGAGGCUGAGGACGGUCCAACUCUGUGUGAUGUGCACCCGGGCGACGGCGGCUACGCCAUCGGGUACGGCUGCAGCAAGUGGGCGGUGGAGGUGCUUCUCAAGGAGCUGCACCAGCGCUGGGGUGUUCCCGUCAAGGUCUUCCGCUGCGGCAUGAUCCUGUCGCACACCAGCUACUUGGGCCAGAUCAACCCAACCGACUUCUUCACGCGGCUGCUGUGCGGCAUUGCCUACACGGGGAUCGCCCCGCAGUCCUUCUACACCCUGCCCCACGGCCCCGAGGAGCACUUUGACGGCAUGCCCAUCGACUUCGUGUCCGGCGUGAUCUCUGCCACAACGGCGGCCGAGCGCAGCGGCUUCGACACGUACCAUGUGGUCAAUCCCCACUGGAGCGACGGCGUAUCCCUCGACCGCAUCGUCGACUGGGCGGAGAGCGCCGGCUACCCGGUUAAUCGCAUCGCGCCAUAUGAGCAGUGGUACGCGCAGUUCAAGGCAGCGCUGGAGGCUCUUGACCACACGCGGCAGCAGCAGUCGCCGCUGCCCAUCAUCUACCAAUGGGAGCGCCCGGCAUCCGGCACCAGCGGCACGAAGUACGAUGCCACGCAGCUGCGCAAGAGGGCGGCCGCAUACACACAGUGGAAGGACGUGCCCCAUCUGGACGAGGCGUUCAUCCACCAGAACAUGCGCCACCUCACCACCCUGCGCCUCAUCACCCCUCCCGGCAAGGCCUGA